AAAUCAGAGGAGUCCUGUGUCAUCAGUGCAGGAGUGACAAGGUCAAAUGAGGGUUAAAGGCAGACAACAAUGAGAUAAAAUGUAUGUAAUGUGCCUUCACAGCCCUGCAGAGGAAGUUGUCAGCGGUGAAAAAAGGCUUGAUGACAUGUUGGGGUUUCAAAUAUUUGUUCAGCUUCUUUGAAAAAGAAUGGUCUGUCCUACUUAACUAACAGUGUGCAACAUGCCAUUAAAAACAAAGCAUUCAUUAGAGCCAAUUAGGUUUUCAUUCUCGUAAAUGAGGAGCCUGACAUGAGGACAAGAUGAGAAAAAUGGACAAACAGUCCAAGUUCAUAAAAGGGAGAAGAGACGUGUUCUUUACAUGUAGGCCUCCUGCUGGAAGUGGAUCAGAGGAGCAAGUAGGUUGUUAGAAAUACAGCAUACAUUUUUGUUAUGGUUAUUUGGGCUAUGACAACGGGCACUGUUUGAUUACAGAACACUAAUCUUUUGUCUUUUGACCUUCUCCUGAUGAUGACUGACGUAAUGGAUUUAUUGCAGGUGGAACAGCAGUUCUCACACAAGUUCACAGUGAAUGUGGUCAGUGCUGAGAACGUUACCAAGGGGGCGCUAGGCGAUUUAUUGGAUACCCCCGAUCCAUAUGUGGAGCUGUUCAUCCCAACAGCCCCAGAGAGCAGAAAGCGAACCAAACACAUCGACAACGACAUCAAUCCAAAAUGGAACGAGACGUUUCACUUCAUCUUAGAUCCCAACCUGCAAAACACACUGGAGAUCACAUUAAUGGACGCCAAUUAUGUGAUGGACGAGACACUUGGAACGUCGUCUUUUGACAUUAGUAAGCUCACAGUGGGACAAACUCAGACGGAGUCUUUCCUCAUCGGCAAAACGACCAAAGUACACUUGGAGAUGUCACUGGAGAUUUGCACCAAACUGGACCUGAGGUUCAGCCUGGCCCUGUGUGACAAAGAGAAGGAGUUCAGACGAAACCGCAGAGACAGAGUCAUGCUGGGCAUCAAGAAGCUGCUGGACAUGGAGAAACUCUGCUUCCAGCUCAGGUCUCCGGAAGAGGUACCAGUGAUAGCUGUUGCCGGCUCAGGCGGUGGUUUCCGAGCCAUGGUGGCCUUCUCAGGCGUCAUGAAGGCCCUGUUUGAGUCCGGGGUUCUGGACUGUGUCACAUACGUCGCUGGACUCUCUGGUUCUACAUGGUAUAUGUCCACUCUCUACUCCCACCCGGACUUUCCAAAUAAGGGACCAAAGGACAUCAACAAGGAGCUGAUGAAGAGGGUGAGCAGUAACCCUCUGAGGCUGCUGCUGCCCCAACACAUCACCAACUACAUCCAGGCUCUGUGGACCAAAAAGGCCAGAGGCCAGCCUGUUACCUUCACUGACAUCUUCGGUAUGCUCAUAGGAGAGACACUGAUACCUGCGAGGAUGGACACCAAACUCAGUGAGAUCCAGGACAAAAUAGAUCAGGCUCAGAGUCCUCUUCCUCUCUUCACAUGUCUGCACGUGAAGCCCGAUGUUUCUGAGCUCAUGUUUGCAGACUGGGUGGAGUUCAGCCCAUAUGAAAUCGGGAUGGCAAAGUACGGAACGUUCAUGACCCCGGACCUGUUUGGGAGCAAGUUCUUCAUGGGAACUGCUGUCAGGAAAUAUGAGGAAAACCCUCUUCAUUUUCUCAUGGGUGUUUGGGGAAGUGCCUUCUCUAUCCUGUUCAACAGAGUGCUGGGAGUCAAAGACAUGGGCGGGGGCAGCACCAUGGAGGAGGAGUUAGAGCAAAUCAAACCUCAGCACAUUGUCGGAGAUGACAGUCUGGACAAUGAUGAUGAUCCACGAAAAGGUGGAAGAGAGAACCAGGAAGCAGAGGACGAUAAUCGCAAGGCUCAGGCCAGCUGGGUUGAGAGAAUGUUCACCUCACUCUUCAGCGAUUCUUCUCUGUUCAACACCAGGGAGGGUCGUGCCGGGAAGGUUCAUAAUUUCAUGCUGGGCCUGAAUCUUAACACCAGCAUGCUUUUCUCUCCGCUGCACGAGGUCACGUAUCACGCUCCCACACCCGAGGAAGAGGUGGACGCAGUCACAGACCCGGAUGAGUUUGAUCGCAUCUAUGAGCCUCUGGACGUGAAGAGUAAGAAGAUCCAUGUGGUGGACAGUGGCCUGACCUAUAACCUCCCCUACCCUCUCAUCCUGCGCCCCCAGCGCACGGUUGACCUGAUUAUCUCGUUUGACUUUUCUGCCAGACCCAGUGAUUCCAGCCCUCCAUUCAAGGAGCUACUGUUGGCCGAAAAGUGGGCUCGAAUGAACAAGCUUCCAUUCCCCAAGAUUGACCCCAAAGUCUUUGAUCGUGAGGGCCUGAAGGAAUGUUACAUCUUCAAACCAAAGAAAGGAGAGAAGAACUGUCCCACCGUCAUCCACUUUGUCCUGGUCAACAUCAACUUCAGGAAAUUCAAAGCCCCUGGUGUGCCCAGAGAAACGGAGAAGGAAAAAGAUUUGGCAGAUUUCGACAUCUUUGAUGACCCUGAAUCACCGUUCUCAACGUUUAAUUUCCAGUACUCUAACGAAGCUUACACCCGCCUCCAUGAUCUCAUGGAGUUCAACACGCUUAACAACCUUGAGGUCAUUAAAGAUUCCAUCAAGGACUGCAUCCUCUCUCGGAAGGAGAACCCUUCAUGUAGCCCUGUGCCAUUCUCUCUGAGUGAGAUCCCGAAAAAGAAAUUUCUCAGAAGAGAUCAACACUCAAAAGCCUGGAAUCACUUGGGAAUGGAUAAAAAGUAAUCACCUUUGGCCAGGGAGGAUAGACUGUUUGGUAAACUGGAGGAUGUACUGUAGUUUAUUAAAUAGGUUAUUCACUUUCUUUUUGGAAAGUGUAAUAAUCUAUUCUCCGAUCUCUCUGAACUAGCAGUAGGCUGGUUAAACUUGAAUACAAGAAUAUUUUCACCUCACGUUUACUGGUGAAGGCCGUGUGCAUUUAUAUGGGACAGAGAGUGACUUUAUCCAGCACUGGAAUUUCAGAUAUCAACACCUGAGGGCUGGGUGGUGAAGCCAAACUCUGGUCUUCGUCACCAACAUCCAAAGACUAUCAUUCCUGCAUGUCUCCCUGAUGAUACCUGAUAUUAUAUGUCCUCUUAACUUUCUUUUCAGCCUAAAAAAGGAAGGACUUUUGGCUCUUAUUUCCUCAGACAUGGUGUGAACAGGUUUGCAGCACCAUGUCGUCCAGAGUUUGUGUCGACAUCUCUUGGCUUUACGUCUCAAGUGCCUGUAGCGAAGCUGAAUCUGAAUUGCAUCUCUGCUUUGAUUAUUUCUAUGCCUGCUUGCUGUUCCUAAUUUUUACUUUUAGACAUCUGAAAACCUCAGCUGUGCUUUCCAUAAACAGCCUGCUAUUUGAGUAUGAUUUUUUCUUUCGACAAAUCCAGAAGGCUGGUUUUAACAUGUAAUCCUUUUUCUAAAACGUGAACUAGGUGCUGCUUGUUACCAUGGAUUUGUUGUUGUUUGAAAGCAACUCCUAAACAUGAGGCAUGUACCCUGUGUGGAUAUCUCAACAACUCGAGGAUGUUUACCCACCUACAGGGAAGCAGCACUCCCUGCUCCCCUGGAGGGAGUGCCUCAUAUUAAAGCCACCAUUUUGGUAAAACAAAACCUGGCGCCAUGGAAACCAUCGCUUCUUCCCUAAUACUCCUAGAUGAAGAUGCACGUUUGAGUUGUUCACACUGCUUUUAAGAUGAAGCAGCUGAAGUUUACAUGGACUACGACUUAUUCCUAGUCCGUUCUGUCCUCCACCUAAUCCAGCUCACUACAGCGGGUUGAACCUAUGCAGACUCUAUGCAGGUUCUAGUGGAAUUUUACACACUACACCUACACCUACACCUGCAGCAGCACAGACCUGGAAUCUGACACAUUACACCUAUACCUACAGGGGCCUAGAGCUGCACACACACAACAGUGGAAUUUUACACUGAAGUGUGUCCGACCCCUAUACGGUCUUGUCUCAAACUCUUUGGUUCAAUAGAAAUUUGAGAAAAGACGUGUGCUGCAGCAGUGCAUACAGCAGCGGCAGCACCAACAUAUCUGCGCAAAUCACUGUCUUGUGUGGAUUUUCUGGCGUGCAGGUGUAUUGUUUUCUGUUCAAUAGUUAUUUCUGUAGUAUGUCAAUAGUUUUAAUAUUAUUAUUAUUUCAAUUAUUUGUUACCGAUCUGUAUUGUCUCUUUCACACAUUGAACAUGUUUUUCCAUUAAAAGAACCCAGUACAAAGUCCUAUUUUAAUCAUUUUUGUCUGUAAAAUCACCACUACUCUGCUCUAAAGUCUUAGGUUGUAACUUUCCAACAAGAAAAAUAACCCAAUGAAUCUUGUGGAACUCUGUCAGACGUUAUACGUGUGUGGUCUGUGCUAGAACCGUUGGAUUUUUCUUACAAACAUGUUCUUCUUCCAUAUAUAUAUAUAUAUUUUACAGUGUUUACAAAUGCAUCAACAUCUACAGGGGGUUUGUGCAGAACUGAGACAGAAACCUGAAUAAUCCGAGUCUUUUUUUCUAUUUUAAGUGAGAGAUAAUUAAUAUUAUAUGUGUAAUAAAGAUUUUUGUCUGACA